UCCAGACUGUCCUAGAGACUAGAGAGACCGCAGGGAGGGUGACGGUCCGGACCGACGGACGUCCUUUCAUCCAUCUCCCAUCCUCCCUGCAGGGUGCAAGUCAGAGGCUGAUAGGAAACUUGACCUUCUGCCAAGAAACACCUUCUCUCCUCUGCCCUCAAGAAGGCAGCUGAUCCCACGUGCCAGGACGAUGGAGCCAAGCUUGCUGAUGUGGGGAAUCUCUACCUUCAUCACAGUAUCUGGCCACAUGACAGGCCUCUUUUUCUCGGCAGACCUUUGUGAUGACAACCCGCCGAGCCUCAAGCACGCCGCGUACAAAGCCCUCGAGUACAGGACGGGCACGAUGCUAAAUUGUGGAUGUGAGAGAGGCUUCCGCAGGCUAAACAGCGUCAUGCGUUGUGCAGGAAACUCUAGCCACGCUUCCUGGGAAAACCAAUGCCAGUGCGUCCGCACAUCCUCCAAGAGCACAGAAGGACAAGUCACUCCCAAACCCGAGGAAGAGAAGGCAAUGCAGAGCCUAACGCCGUCCGGGGACCAAGGGAAGCUUCCAGGUCACUGCAGGGAGCCUCCUUCCUGGGACCACGAAGAUUCAGAGAGAAUCUACCACUUUGUGGUGGGGCAGACGGUUCACUACCAGUGCGCGCCGGGAUUCAGGGCCCUGCGGAGAGGUUCUGCCGAGAGCGUCUGCAAAACCGUCUCAGGGAAGACGCAGUGGACGCGGCCCCAGCUCAAGUGCAUAAGUGACAGGGAGGACGGUCGGUUCCCAGCAGAGGACGAAGAGGAGCCUGAAGCAAGCACCCUCGCAGCCCCUGGGAGAGACGCUUCCCGCCCCUGGACGAUGGCAGGUACUACAGACUUCCACGAGCACACAGAAGUGGCUGCCACGGUGGAGUCCUUCCUGUUCAUCUCCGAGUACCAGAUAGCAGUGGCCGGCUGCGUUCUCCUCCUGAUCAGCGUCCUCCUUCUGAGCGGGCUCACCUGGCAGCGGAGACGGAGGAAGAGCAGAAGAACAAUCUAGAAAACUGGGAGGGGUAAGAAGCCAAGGACAGCUCACAGCAGUCGUGGAGCCCAAGCAAAUUCAAAGAAGUCAAACGCUCAGCCAGGAGGCAUCUCCCGGGACCUCUUGGGUUUUGGAAAACUCUUGACGUCGCCUGCUGACCCACCAGACCACUGCAAGCUCAGGACACAGCCAGCUCCGUAGUACCAAGAGUGGACCUGACCGGCUCUGGGCAGCAGAUCCAGGGUCACUGGAGGAACAGGAAGCAGCAGCCGGAACUGUGGGUCUUAUUUUCGCGGCGGCGAUGUUAUUCAAGCUUGAACAGCACGGGACCCUCCACGCCACACGCGGUGCAGGGAGAAGGAGCUUCGUGUCAAUUUCACCCGGAACUUCCCAGUUUAGGAAAACCCUGGCACGAAUGUAAAUAGUCACACACACACACACACACACACAGAGUCCCCUCCCUACGGAACUGGGGGAUGGACGCAGAUCCUUCCCUGGCCGCUGGUUGAUGAGCCCGUUCUCGGGGCCACAUCCUGUAAUGAACUCGGAAUCUUUCUGUCCUUGGCUCAGUCCUCCAAACUAGCCCCCUUCCACGGACCCUUCAAUCUGAAUUUCUAAACAGAAGCCACAGCAGCACUC